GCGGAGACGACGGCCAACAGGAAUCUGGACGUCGAAGAGAUGCGACAACAGAAACAACUCCUCAUUCGAGGCUCAGAGAUCACGACUCUAUCGACGAAAUGGCAAAUGAGUUGAUGUCUAAA